AUGUACAUCACCCUCUACUACAUAGUCACCCGGCUCCCUGACACCCUUCGCCCGGUUAGGGACCACUUCCUCUCAGUUUGCCCCACCACCCUCACCGUUGACCUCCUUGAGGAGCGCCUCCUAGCGGCAGAGAAGAGCAUCAGCGCUGUAGGAGCCUCUCGUGGUGACCCUCGUGCCCCUGUCUUUGAUGGGUGCUCCCCCUCUCCCCUCUUGCCCUCUGUUGCCUCUGCUGCUGCGGCCGACCUCGUUGGGGCGCUGGAGGAGCUAGCGGGGGCGGUGGAGGCGGCGGUGGAGGCGGUGGAGGGGGUGGGGGUGGCGGUGGGGGUGGUGGCGGGGGAGGGGGCGUCAGUGGCGGCAGUGGAGGCGGAGGCGGCGGCGUCGGUGGCAGUGGGAGCGGAGGUGGCGGAGGUGGCUGCGGUGGAGGAGGUAGCGGAGGAGGAGGUGGAGCUGGUCGGGGUGGCGCUGCGCAGAGGGUCGGCUCCGGUGGUGGUGUGUGCAGCAGACCCAUCAAGAACUCAAGGAUAA